AUGGGCACAGCAGGUGUACAGACUCAGGAACUCAACACAGGGAUGGUGGGAACCCCUCAUAAUAGGCACAGCAGGUGUACAGAUCCAGGAACUCAGCACAGGAAUGGUAGGAACCCCUCAUAAUGGGCACAGCGGGGGUACAGACCCGGGAACUCGGCACAGGGAUGGUGGGAACCCCUCAUAAUGGGCACAGCGGGGGUACAGACCCGGGAACUCAGCAAGGGGAUGGUGGGAACCCCUUAUAAUGGGCACAGCGGGGGUACAGACCCGGGAACUCAGCAUAGGCAUGGUAGGAACCCCUCAUAA